GUAGGCGUGCUUGUGUGUAGGCCGGGGGAUUAGGGCUUAUAAAUAAAUAAAAAAAACAUAAAAUAGUUAUUAUGCUAUUACUGCCUUAAUGUAUGUGUAUUGUUUUGUACUCUGUGUAAAAAUAAAUGAGAAAAAAAACCCAAAGCAUCCGUAACAUAUCGAUGCCACUCAUCAUUUAGUAAGAUGUUAAGUGAGCAUACAAUUUGAAGGCAAAAUCUUAUUGCACAUCGUGUGGUAUAACUUAGAAUAAGUGUGAAUAUUAAACUUUGUUUUAUUGAACAAUGUGGUGGAGAUGAUUAAGUUUGUCGGUAGUAUUGAAAAGUAAUAAAGCAAAAUAUACAAUGUGAGUAGCACGUGGUUUAAUUAUAUCAUACAUGAUAUAAUUAUUAUCGUUAGCCUCAUUCUGAAUGUUUGAAUGUGUUUUAAUGUUUCAGUGGCCAACCCAUAACAUGCCAGACGCUCUAUGGAAAUUGUUCUCGAAGAAGUUUUUACAUGGAAUCUGUGAAUGAAUUUUUACGAUAUCUGUCAGAAACAACAUAUGAAAACGUCAGUUUCUCUGGAAUUGUUGGAUUAACAAGUAGCCUCUUGGAAAGUCAACUUGAUGGAUUUCUUUCAAAAUAAUGUGAAUGUGUAAUUCAUUGUGUGUGCUUCUCAAACAUAUUGUUUACAAAACAAUUUAACACUUUAAAAGUAUCGUUGUAUUUCGCCAGAACCUUUUGCACAAUUUUUCGUGUGUUCCAAAGGAAAAUUUAUUUGCAACAGGGCUGAUUUCAGAAAUGGAAAGCAAGCGAACGAUUGUCAUUGCUAUUGAUGACAGUGAACAUUCGGAGUUUGCAUUUGACUGUGAGUCUUAACUCUCUUUGUGUUUACGUGGACAAUGUCCAUCGCCAUGGUGACCACAUCGUCCUUGUACAUGUUCCUGAAUACAGCAACAUACUGUCUGCUUCGUCUCUUUUGACUGAUCCAAACAUCAUUGCUGAAAUGAUUAAAGAUACCGAAGAACGGACCAGCGAACUCGUCGACAAAUACUCGUUCAAAAUGCAACAAAAGCAGUUACACGGCCACGUGAGACAACAGUGUGGAAAGCCCGGUGAGGCGAUUUUAGAGUGUGCCAGGGAAGAGGGCGCUACCAUGUUGAUACUUGGAACUCGUGGAAUGGGAUUAAUGCGGCGGACCUUCAUUGGAAGCGUCAGUGACUAUUGCCUCCACCACGCUUCAUUUCCCGUCCUUGUCUGCAGACAUAAACCGUUUAUAAGUGACAAAUAAUACUCAUGAUAUAUGUGCUAUCCUACGUUCAUAUGGAUACUCCUAUAUAGUAAAAGUGCCGCCGUAAACCAGAUUUAAAAUAAAAACUGCAUUUGCUUUUGAACAACAUUCAGCUGAACGGGAGAACCAAGCUAAAAAUUUGAAGUGAAAUCAUACAUUGCGUAAUUGAAGAGAACGUCACAGUAUUUGCAUGCAACACUGAACUGGCGAAAUAAUUGUUAUAUUUCAAUCUCUCUAGAAUGCGUUGUCUUAAAUGUCUUUAUAGUAACCCACGUGAAGCAUAUUUUUAACCGCAAUUCGGGUUUUAUGAAAACGAAACAACGGCAUCCAUGAUAUUAAUAUACGUAGAACUUGUGAAACAUAAUAUACGUACGGAUAUAUCUUUGAAAGCGGGAAUUGCAGAUCUCUUGUGUUUCAUUUAUUUAUCAAUUACUAUAUAUUAAAGGAUGAUUCAGAGUAUCAAAACGCGUUGUAGUAAUAUAUAAAAUGCCAGUCGUCAGUUUUUAUUGAACCUUGACAUCCAGGAAACUGGGCGAUAGGUGUUUAACCCAACAUCUGUUGUUAAAAAUGAUUUAAAAUUCGUGUGCUCUUGUUUUUCGGUUUUACCUCGGCUUUGAUCUGUGUGUCAUAAAAAGAAGAUUCUCCAUUCAUCUAUUGGCAUGCUGUAUCAACUGUAUAAACAGCCCACAAGAAUACAUAUUUUUAUUGGUGGUACUCGAUAUUGUACCUAUUGUCGUUUUACCACGCAUAUAUGAAGCUCAACAAACUGAUGCAAUCUAAAACCAUUGUUCAAUGAGAUGGAAGUACUUAAGACCCAUUUUCUUUUGUAAAUGCAUUAUUGUAUGCUAUAAUGUUUAUUUUAAUUAA